AUGGCGCGUCCGAGAAAGGACGUCAAGUUCAACCACCAGGUCCGCAGUGCCAGCAAUGGAAGAGCCCGGAGACCCUCGCAGAGCAUGUCCGAGUUCAGCGACCCGGGGAGUCCCACCAUCAAGGAAGAGACGACCCCUCCAUCCGCUGAACAACCCCCCCAAAGCGAGUACGAGAAGAAAAAGGCCAACUUCAUAACGCGCACAGUAUGGACUCUGGUCAUGAUUUCAGGUUUCUUCUGGGCCCUCGGUGCCGGCCACCUCUUCAUAAUCAUCAUCGUCACGGCGGUCCAGGUCAUAUCCUUUAAGGAGGUCAUCGCAAUCGCAAAUGUCCCCAGCAAGGCCCGCAGCCUGCGCUUCACCAAGUCGCUGAACUGGUACUUCCUGGGAACCGCCAUGUACUUUCUCUACGGCGAGAGUGUUAUAUACUACUUCAAGCAUGUCCUGAUGGUCGACCGUCUGCUACUUCCCCUGGCUACUCACCAUAGGUUCAUCUCUUUUAUGCUGUACAUUAUCGGCUUCGUUUUCUUCGUCGCCUCGCUACAAAAGGGCCACUACAAGUUCCAGUUCACCCAAUUCGCCUGGACGCACAUGGCUCUCUUCCUCAUCGUCGGACAGGCACACUUUGUCAUCAACAACAUUUUUGAAGGAUUCAUUUGGUUCAUUCUUCCCGUCUCCAUGGUCAUUACCAACGACAUCUUUGCCUACCUUUGCGGUAUCACCUUUGGAAGGACACCCCUCAUCCAGAUCUCGCCCAAGAAGACUUGGGAGGGCUUCCUCGGCGCCUGGUUCUUCACCGUCCUCUGGGGUAUCCUUGUUACCCACUUUGCGGCGCAGUACAAGUACUUCAUCUGCCCCGUCAACGACCUGGGUGCAAACAUCUGGUCGGGCCUCGAGUGCCGACCAAACCCAGUCUUCAUCGCGCGCGAUUACUCAGUUCCCUUCCUUCCUGAGGGUCUCCCAGUUCCUCGCACCUUCAGCAUCAUGCCAGUACAAUUCCACGUCAUUAUGCUCGGAACCUUUGCGUCUCUUAUCGCACCUUUUGGUGGCUUCUUCGCUUCCGGUCUCAAGCGCACGUUCAAGAUCAAGGACUUUGGUGACUCUAUCCCCGGUCACGGCGGAAUGACGGACCGCAUGGACUGUCAGUUUAUCAUGGGCUCUAUCGCUUUCUUUUACUACUCGAGUUUCAUUGCCAUUCAUCACACCACAGUCGGUGGAGUGAUUGAAGCAGCCGUUACCGGACUUACCUACGAGGAGCAAAUGGAUGUCGUGAAGAUUUUGAGCAAGCACUUGGUGAAUCAGGACGUAAUAUCACCAAAGCGCAAUGCAACCCGAAAAGAUGCCACUGCCCACUGCGGCCGUCAAUUGCGUACCUACAACAGCUCCAAGGCCCCCUUCGCCGCAAACGACUCCUUCUUCUCACAGCCCGGAACUUCUGCAAUUGGCUUCCGGCCCUUUGGAGAGAAGCCACGCUCCUCGCGUGAUCAACGUCCACGAGGUAAGGUUGCACUCUCGCAGCUGCCGACCUACAUCCUUUACGAACAUGCGCGCGAUGAGGGCGCAAAAGGAAACUGGGAGGAAGUUAUGAACAUCUGCAGAGUUUUGCUCAAAGACCGGGGAGAGCAGCCAAACAAGGAAAUGUACGCAGCGAUACUGCAUAGCUUCGUCGACUCAAAGAACGGCACGGCAGGAAAGGUGCGCAAAGUGCUCGAAGAAAUGGGCUUUUGGAACAAAACGGAUGAAGCCCUCCUCGGACGACCGAAAAUCGAGCUGGACGCGUGGGGCUGUGAAUGCGUGCUCGAAGUGCUUGCAGUCCAUCCCGAUUUCAUUCUUCGCAACGAAAUACUCGAAUACAUGAAGUCACGGUGGUUCAUGCUAUCGGAUCGUGCACGGAAUUUCGUCAUAGCUGGAAUGCUACGUGAGCGGCAUUUCGAACAGGCACUGGAGUCGCUGGAUGACAUGGUCCGGAACAAAGCACGCGUCGAAGGCUGGCUGUUUGACAAGGCUAUUUGGAUGCUGCUGGAGUUUGGGGAAGUUGAGGAAGCUUUUUACGUGCUACGUCUCAAGGAAAGUGCAAAAAGUAAGAGUAAUGGGACAGGUGCUGUGGAGCUCAGUAAUGCUCUAUGGGGAGCAUUACUGGAUGCCGCAGCGCAUAAGCAGCUUCUCGAGGAGACAUUCCUCGUAUGGACAACGCAAGUUCAGCCAGGCUACCUCAAACCAGGAACUGGGGCCUGUCUAUCCGUACUUACUCUCGCCUCACGACACGGAGACAUCCAGCUCGCUACCGAUGUCUUUCGCAUUUUGACGGAGCGAGGCACAACCUUCACCACGCACCACUACGAACUGCUUAUAUCCACAUAUCUCAACGCCAACAAGCUCCAAGAAGCUCUGUCCGUGAUUCUCAUCAUGGUGGAUGCCAACUUGAGGAUCAACACUGGGACCUGCGAUCCUCUCUACUGGCAUUUGUCGGCAGAAAAACCAGACGAGGAUAGUCGACCCAUGCAAGCUUUCAGGCACUUGCAGGACUUUGAGACUGCGGGCCGCAAGGUACCCACCGCUGCCGUCAACGCUUGCAUCCAAGCCAGCAUCGCGUGCAAGCGGCUAGACGAAGCCAUCGAGAUUUAUAAAGCUCUACAUACCGUAUCCCACGCUGGUCCUAGCACAAACACCUUCAAUAUCCUAUUCCGAGGUUGCCAUCUGGAAGGGCGAAAGGAGCUUGCUAUGUUCUUUGCGAACGAGAUGGUCAAGCUAGGUCUCAGACCCGACCGCAUCACAUAUGAUCGUCUGAUCCUGGUCUGCCUUACAGCUGGUGACCUGGAAGACGCCAUGUUAUAUUAUGAAGAGAUGACGUCUACAGGUGCGACAGCUGGUAGAAAGGGCCCUUUGAAGCCUAGAAGGAAGACUUGGGAGACUCUGAUUCACAAGUGCGUCCAGAAAGGCGACGAGAGGGCAGUCGCACUAUUGAAGGAUUACAAAGAUAGUGUGGAAGAACCGCGAAGGGCUGUGGAGAAGGCAGUAGUCGAUCGCUUCGAGUAUGGCAUCAUACGAAACGAUGCGACGGAUAUCGGACGAGAACCGACCGAGAACACAGCAUCCGGUGCUGUGGAAGAUCAACAUGUCAAGUCAACGUCGGGAAAUAGUAUAACCCCAGAUGCUGGCGCUGACACGGAACUGUCGGAGAAACGAAGUGGGGAAAGUUCUUAA